GUGGCCGUGACGUCAUCAAGCUGCUUCCUGAUAGGACCGGGCUGCUGUGCUGCGUAGAAAUGGCUGCCACCUUGCUGCAUGACAGCAGACAGAGUUACCGGCUACUUCUGCUGCAAGCUGGGCAACCUGCUCAGUGUCUUAAACGUCUGCUCCGUGCAAGAAGACUAUGGAGGACGGCCAGCACCAGCUGCCAACAUGCCAGGCAGACGGGUUCUUUGCCCUGGGAAAGCGUCGUGGGACUUGAAAUCCAUGCACAGAUUAAUUCAGUCUCCAAACUUUUUUCAAGCUCUCAAGUUAAGUUUGCAGCACCUCCAAAUUCAACAGUAUCUUUUUUUGAUGCUUCAUUGCCCGGAACACUGCCGACCAUCAACAGGAAAUGUGUAGAAGCAGCUGUGAUGACUGGCCUUGCCCUAAACUGCACCAUAAACAAGAUGUCCCUGUUUGAUCGAAAACACUAUUUCUACGCUGACCUGCCUGCUGGUUAUCAGAUUACUCAACAAAGACUUCCAGUUGCUGUAAAUGGAAUUCUUACAUAUCGCUAUCAAGUAGGGACAUCAUCGACCAACAUGGUAACUAAAUGUGUGCGAAUUAAACAGGUCCAGCUGGAGCAGGACAGUGGCAAGAGCCUCCAUGAUGAAGCAAUGCACCAGACGCUUAUUGACUUAAAUAGAGCUGGAAUUGGACUUAUGGAAAUUGUAAUGGAACCUGAUAUGACUAAUGGAGAAGAAGCUGCAGCGGCUGUUCGGGAACUUCAACUUAUUUUGCAGGCCCUUGGAACAAGCCAUGCCAACAUGUCAGAGGGCCAGUUGAGAGUUGAUGCAAACAUUUCUGUUCAUCAUCCUGGGGAGCCAUAUGGUGUGAGAACAGAAGUUAAGAACAUAAAUAGUGCACGCUUUCUAGCAAGAGCAAUCGAUUAUGAGGUUAAAAGGCAGACAGAAAUACUUGAUAGUGGUGGUGAGAUUGCCAAUGAGACAAGGGCCUUUGACUAUAAACUCGGUGUCACUAUACCUAUGAGAGACAAGGAAGGAAAACAAGAUUAUAGGUUUAUGCCAGAACCAAACCUCCCCCCUCUGAUACUUUAUGAUGCCAAGUCACUGCCUACUAAUGUAAAUGCUGAUCAAGUCAUAAACAUUGACCUGAUAAAGAAGAAUCUUCCAGAACUUCCCAGCACCACCAGGGAAAGGCUUAUUGAACAAUAUGGAAUAUUACCUGAGCAUAGUUUUACCUUGGUGAAUGAAGAUGGACUUCGAGAAUACUUUGAAACAGUCGUGAAACUAUCUAAAGUUAACCCCAAGAAGAUAAUUGGAUGGGUAAUUAAGGAUUUGCUUGGUCACUUAAGGCAACAGAAUCUCAACAUCAAACAAAGUGUGGUCAGUCCCAGUUUAUUAGCCGAACUUCUAACACUUUUAGAGAAAAGAGCUAUAUCUUCAUCAGCUGCCAAAGAGGUGUUCCAAGAUCUCUGCAAGGGAGGAGAAAAGACCGCAGCACAAAUAAUUAAAGAGAAGAAUCUAGGACUCAUCAUUGAUAGGAAACAGCUAGAAGACAUCUGUCAGAAGAUUGUAGAUGGGCAUAAGGAAGAGGUUUCUGCCAUACAACAAGGAAACCUUAAAGUUAUGCACAAACUUAUUGGCUUAGUCCAGAAGACUACGAAAGGGCGGGCAGAUCCAAUUCUUGUAAAGACUAUACUAGAAGAAAAGGUGUUACCUUGAUUCAUCCUCAGUAAAUAUUUAACAUGUUACCACUUAUAUACCACACGUUUUUUUUUUAACUUAAUAAAACCAGAAACUGAAACCUA